AUGUCGCAUAACUGGCAGCCAAACAAACCAAGUCCAGUUGGAAUAUGGCAUAAGACGACUCUACAAGAAGCGAGGGAGCAACAAGAACAACGACAAAGGCAACAGAAUCAACCUUUUCAACAACGGCCGGCACUGACGACGACAACCAAUGUUGUCAUUGGCCAAAAGCGCUCCAUAAACAAUGUCCGGCCUCAGUUCCGAAAUGGGCCUCCAUUAGCCAAACGGCCUACACCAGGGCCUUCCAACACCCCAACCCCAGGCUUCACCCCAUCCGCCUUUAUAAAAGCACCCUCAGGCCCUCCUCCUCUCACAGCAAGUACCAUCGAGCAUGCAGACCCAACUUCCACCGCCGCCAAGGGUGGCUUCCCAUCCGAGUACUCCCAGCGUCGAGCCCUGCCUUCAACGCCCACCUCCACCAGCAACCCCUUCCUCUCCCUCUCGCACCCGGUAUACAAGCUCCCCAAGCAGCUCGUAGCCAACUUUGCCGCCCUGGGGAUCAAGUCCAUCUACCCGUGGCAGAAACAAUGCCUGCUCGGCCCCGGUCUGCUCUCCGGCGACAAGAACCUGGUGUACAGUGCGCCCACAGGCGGCGGCAAGUCGCUGGUUGCGGACCUGCUCAUGCUGAAGAGGGUGCUGGAUGACCCGGCCGGCGAAGCCAAGGCUAUCCUGGUGCUGCCAUAUGUGGCGCUGGUGCAGGAGAAGGUGCGCUGGUUGAGGAGUGUCGUUGGUGGGAUCUCGAGGAGCGGGGAUUUGGGGCAGAAGCAGCCCCAGCAGAAGCUGUGGGCGAAAAGGCCGGAUAAGGAUACCAUCAGGGUGGUGGGAUUCUUUGGUGGGAGCAAAGCAAACUCGCUCAUCAACGCUGCUAUAACCGAUUGCUCAAUAUCUAAACUCAGAGCCGUGGUGCUGGAUGAGUGCCACAUGAUCGAUGAUGGCUUCAGGGGAUAUUUGCUCGAGCUGAUGACUACGAAACUCCUUUGUCUGGAGCAGCAAGUGCAGAUUAUCGCCAUGAGCGCUACUUUGACAAACAUCCGUCUCCUUAAGGACUGGCUAGGGGGCCACUCGUACGAGACACACUACCGGCCAGUGCCCAUCAAGGAACAUCUCGUCUACGACGGCAAGAUAUACCCAGCAGCAACAACCGCCAGUCUUCUCAAAACAGCCACUCAACUAGAUACCAGGAAUGCGGUCACCACUACCACUCAAGGGCUACCACCCUCCACUACCUCCUCCCUCCAGCACAUCCGUUUCAUCCACCCCUCCACUCACCGAGAAUUCAAAGACCCUGUCAUGAAUGCCGUCGUCGCCCUCGCCAACGAGACCGCCCGCGCCGGCUACGGCGUCCUCGUCUUCUCCAGCAGUCGCGCCGGCUGCGAAUCCGACGCCGUCCUGAUCAGCCGGGUCCUACCCCCCUUCUCCGAAGUAACCGACCCUCUAAUCCGGGAGCGCCGUCUCAACCUGCUCAACGAGCUGCGCAGUUCCUCCACCGGUCUCGACCCCAAGCUCGAACAGACCAUCCCCUGCGGCGUAGCCUUCCACCACGCCGGCCUGACGACCGAGGAGCGCGAGCUGAUCGCCAACGCCUACGACGCCGGCACCUUCAAGGUCUGCGUGGCCACCGCCAGCCUGGCCGCGGGCAUCAACCUGCCCGCGCGGCGGGUUAUCUUGCACGGCGCGCGCAUGGGCAUCGACCUCGUCGGCCCGGCCAUGCUGCGGCAGAUGCGCGGCCGGGCCGGGCGCAAGGGCAAGGACGAGGUGGGCGAGACGUAUCUGUGUUGUCGAAGAAACGAUCUGGAGGUCGUGGUGGACCUGAUGCAUGCCGACCUGCCGCAGAUCGCCAGCUGUCUGGUCUCGGACGAGCGCCGCAUAAGGAGGGCGCUGUUGGAGGUGAUUGCGAUCAAGCUGGCGACGAGCAGGGAGGCGCUGGACGAGUAUGUGGGCAGGACCAUGUUGGCUUGCGAGCAAAGGUUGGCGGAGAAGGAGACGGAGGAGAGGAUGAAGGGGUAUGUGGAGGCUGGGUUGGAGAAGCUCAAGGAGAUGGGGUUCAUUACGGUCACGGUGGAUGAGAGGUAUGAGACGGCAAGCUAUAGUGCUACGAAGCUGGGAGGGGCGAUUGUGGCUAGCUCGUUGGAUCCGGAUGAUGGCGUGUUUAUUCACAAGGAGUUGGAGAGGGCGCUGAAAGGGUUUGUGAUGGAUGGGGACAUGCAUGUGCUGUAUAACUUCACGCCGGUGUCGGAUCUGGGGAACGGGACGCCGAUCAACUGGAGGGUGUUUUGGAACGAGAUGGAGAAGCUAGAUGAGAGUGGGUUGAGGGUAAUGGGUUUUCUGGGGUUGAAGCCUGUGGUUCUGAACAGGAUGCUACGAGGCGGCAUCCUGAAAGAAACCAUAGACGAAGAAAAGGACACCACCCGUCGCUACCAUCGCUUCUACCUAGCCCUCCAACUCCGCGAUCUCUGCAACGAAAUUCCCAUCCACCGCGUUGCCCAGAAAUACGACGUGCCCCGAGGCGCCGUCCAGACGCUCGCCCAAAUUUGUCAGGGGUUCGCCGCCGGCAUGAUCAAGUUCUGUGAGGCCAUGGGAUGGGGCGCCAUGGCAGCGGCACUCGAUCACUUUGCCGACCGACUCAAGGCCGGAGCCAGGGCGGAUCUGCUUGGCUUGUCCAAGAUUACGUUUGUCAAGAGCCGGACAGCGCGAGUCUUCUGGGACAACGGCUUCAAGACGGUGGCUGUUGUCGCGAAUGCGGACCCCAAGGAACUCGUGCCCGUGCUGAUGCAGGCGCAGCCGAACAAGGUCCGACUGGAGGCUAAAGAUGAGCAGAAAUACCUGGAUAAACUGCUUGCGAAGGCGAAGAUCAUCACGGACUCUGCGAACAGGAUUUGGCAGAUCGAGAUGCAACAGGAGUUGAUGAUGGAAGAGGAAUAG